AAUGAAUAAAACAAAAAUAUUCUUUGCUUGUUUUGUGUGUUUAUUUAAAGUUAGCGCACGUGGGAGUUUAACCACACCAAAUCCCAUGAUUGCUGACGGUACAGUACAAUGUUUCCUCUCUGAGGAGGGUGGGGCGCCCUCAGACGCCUCUUUCCAACAGCAACUUCACUCGCUGGCUAAAACGCUGCAGCCAUCUUGCACGGCGCAUCGAGAGUCAUUAAACUGUCAAAUUUGGCGUGUUAGCUUGCCGUAAACCCCGUUAUUAUUCAACCAAUAGCCACAUGCUACAAUUCUGAAACGGAUAAGCUAUCGUUAUAGCAAAAACUCGGCGGCAACGAUGUAACGUUUGAUGAAAACAUUUCGUCUCCGGUACGAUGUUGUUCCGUCUCAUGCAUCCCCUGGAAUGACAGCUGAAGCCAUUGGUACCGCCUUUUAGAAUGCGCAGCAGCCAAUCACAGCUCGCCGAACUCCCUGCACGGAGACGUUCGCCCGUUGUGCGCACGCGCAUGUCAGUUGGUAAGUACCUCACUUCUCAUAAGCUCGCAGGAGCGUGAAGAUGGCGGUUGGCUCUGGCCCGCUGGACGAGCCGUAUUUACACACAGAGGUGAAUAAAGCUGUAGUUUGUCAUCCUGUAAAACCCGUAGAGUCACAACUGUCGUUCUUGUGUCACAACAACCACUGGGGUAGGCACGAAGCAGCCGGUAAUUACAUUGCUAUAGUUCCGGGACAAGGGGGUAGCGCGAGCUAAUGUCCAGCUGGGACUUGGUCAAGACGAUUGCUGAAGCAGGUACGCUCCAACUACUAACGUUGUUUUCCUCUUUGUCUCUGUGAGUAUACACGAAAAGCAAGCGCCAGAGUUGACAGGGAAUAGAAGUAGAUGCGUGAGUGUCUUGCCCCCAUCAAAUUCAAGAUUGUUUGUGCUGCUCCUAAACAAGUUGAAGUGCAGGGGGUCUCAUCAUAACGAGGUCCCCAUGGUUCAACUAUGGAUGCGUCGACGGCCAGCACGGACUCCACCGCGGGACACGACCCUGGCAAACCACUUGUUGUUAGCGGCGGUGUAACUCUCCCUAAUCACCAGGGGAAAGUAGGCUCAUACUCUGUGCAGACUUUCAAUGGGAGCCAAACUAUGAACUCUCACAAUUCAGGAAACGCUGCCCCUCUCGGGGGGACGACAGCGACAAGUGGAAUCGGUAACAGCAGCAGCAGCACUGCGAUAGCUGUCACGGCUGUCAACAGUGGACCAGUGAUGUCAAAAGGGCUGGCCACCGCGAUAAUGCCCCCGUCGUCCGGCAGUGUAAUUCAGACGCCUCUCGCCACAGCUCAGCCUGUAAGCCAGGCGACAGGACCCACCGUGACACUGGUCAGGCCGCCUAUGCAAACCGCGGGGUCGGGCGCAACUUUGAAUGGGAACAAUAACGCGAGCCCUGCUUUGGUUGCCAAUACAACAGCUCCGACAGGUAUCGCCAUACAGACCACGCUUGUAAACAAUAGCCAGCCGUCCAACUCGGUGUCUGUCAGCGCAGGGUCGCACAUAAUCAAGGCAGAGCCUCCCACAACAAUAAUACAGUCAGCACCGCAGCCGGCUGUCAUUCCCAGCGCUCCCCGGAUUCCGGCGACAGUAGCUGCCGGUCCAAGCGGGAUACGAGCCAUGACGCCUCAGAUGUUGGCCCCAAGGCUCCCCCAGACCUCCCCGGGACAGCCCAGUAUACAUAACAUCCAGCUCCCCCAGGGGAUGGUGCUCGUACGCAGUGAAAGUGGACAACUGCUGAUGAUUCCUCAGCAGGCUCUGGCCCAGAUGCAGGCACAGGCACAGGCACAGGCACAGGCACAGGGAGGCAUGGCACCUCGGGCUGCUACACCAACAAGUGUGCCUCCUGGCCAGCCUCCUGGAAACACCAUCAUCAGCAGACAAGUGACUCCAAGCACCAUCAUCCGUCAGGGCUGUCCAGCGUCACUCGCUGCAACCACCACUCUUCAAAGACCUCCUAUCCUUCAGAGUGCAGUUGGGGCUCCAGCAUCAGGAAUGACCCCCAGGACCGUCAGCCAGACAGCUGGGACCACAGUUACCUCAGUAACAGUGAGCAAAGAGACAAUGGACAAUGUGAAGAAAUGUAAGAGUUUCCUGUCCACAUUGAUCAAGCUGGCAUCCACUGGGAAACAAUCAACUGAGACUGCAGCCAGUGUGAGAGAGCUGGUCAAAGACCUGCUGGAGGGCAAACUGGAAGCUGAGGAAUUCACCAGCAGAUUGUACAAAGAGCUAAACUCCUCACCCCAACCUUACCUUGUGCCUUUCCUCAAGAGAAGCCUCCCAGCUUUGAGGCAGCUCACCCCAGACUCAGCAGCAUUCAUCCAACAGAGUCAGCUCCCCCAGCUGGCCUCAGCUCCAGUCUCCUCCACCUCACUUACGCCCAGCACAGUGGUCCUGGGCAGCCCAGCACCCCGCCUCACUGCUCCAGUCAGCAGGCCCCAGCUCCAGCCCGGAGUUAGCAAACCAGGACAGACCUCCUCACUGGUUCUCCAGCCUCAGCAGCAGAGAGCAAUGUUGAGACCUCAGGUAACAUUACCGACAACCCCCAUGGUGACUCUCAGGAAUCAGGCCCCUGGCCGCAUCAUGCUGGGACAGCAACAAGUCCAUCUUAAAGAGCUGCAACCAGUUCCUGUGAAGCUGGAGGUGCCUUCUGUUUCCAAACAAGUCUGUGCUGCAGCCCUGACCCCGGCUCAAAAGAACAAACUGAAAGAGGCGGGUGGCACUUUCAAAGAUGAUGAUGACAUCAACGACGUGGCCUCCAUGGCCGGAGUGAACCUAUCAGAAGAAAGUGCUAAUAUCCUCGCAACCAAUUCUGGACUAGUGGGAGCGGUGACACAUUCCUGUAAGGACGAGGCUUUUCUCUCCUGUGCCAUGCUACAGAGGAGAAUGCUGGAGAUUGGCAGGAGAUAUGGUGUGACAGACCUAGGUGCAGAGGUGGUGAACUAUGUUUCCCACGCUACUCAGCAGCGACUCCAGAGCCUGCUAGAAAAAGUUUCCCAAGUGGCCCAGCAAAAAAACGUCAAUUUUAAGCAGGAGGAUGACAAUUACGAGCAGAACAGUGAUGUUCGUGCGCAGCUCAAGUUCUUUGAGCAGCUGGACCAGUUAGAGAAACAACGAAAAGAGGAGCAGGAGAGAGAGAUCCUCCUAAAGGCAGCUAAGUCCCGAGCUCGGCAAGAGGACCCAGAGCAGUUGCGUCUGAAACAGAAGGCAAAAGAGAUGCAGCAGCAGGAGCUGGCUCAGAUGAGACAGAGGGAGGCCAACCUGACGGCUCUAGCAGCCAUCGGUCCCAGAAAGAAGAGGAAGAUUCUGGAUUCUCCAUCCUCUUCUGCUGCAGCUGAGGGAUCAGGUUCCUCUCUGUCUGGUGGGGCUGGUUCAUCGGGCUCCAGACCCACGCGACAGCGCAUCACGCGCGUCAAUCUCAGGGACCUGCUCUUCUGUUUGGAGAAUGAGAGAUUUACCAGUCGCUCCCAUUUCCUCUACAAGGGCUUUCUUAAAUAGGCUUGAUGUCAGAGAGGAGAGGGCAGAGAGGAGAGGGGGGGGAUGAAGUGUGUGGAGAGAACAGCUCCCAUCACAGAGAGAGCACAAGAGACUCUUAGAAGAAGACGAAGAGGAGGAGUGCAGCGACUUGGCACAUUUCAAGGUCUUUCAGAUAGACAUGAACCUGAAAUACAGUAGUAGCCAUAUUGGAUGGCCUCUCUACCUCUCUCCUCAAGUAUUGCCUAUUUUCUUUCAGAGCAGUCAUGGACUAAUGCCCCUUUAUUUACCCUGCACUAUUUCUUUCUCAAGAAAGUGCAAAAAUGGAUUACAUGUUUUGUGAGGAAGGGUUUUUGUAGGAAUAAAUGACUUAUUGAACUCUUAUGCACUGUCACACAGUACAGUUUAUUUUCUGAUUAUUUGUGUGUGCAUUAGGCUUUGAAGCAAUGGAAAUCAACAGAUUAUGUUUUAAUAGACCACCAACUAAUUUUAUUGAAUGAUUUUUGUUUUGUCAACCGAAUUAGUUUGAACUGCAGACUGUGUAACCUACUGAGUUGCCUUCCUAACAAUAAAUAAGCCAUAUAGCCACCCUGAAGCAAUUAACCCUUCUGUAACUCGUGAAGCAGUAGCUCACUCUCAUGUCUGUCAUCUCCAUUACUUUGAUUUUGUUUUUCAGCAUAUUUAUUUACUAAACUCAAGCUUGAAUUAAUAUUUAGUUAUUUAUUUAAUUUCAUGUGACACCUCAGUUGUUUCGUGUAGCUUAAAUUCAAAACAAAGUGCUGUGCUUUUACUCGCACAGAUUAUGUUUAAAAAUCUGUUUUCGUUGGGUGUAUAGUGUUCCAUGUGUGAAGAGAGGCGUGUUCUUUUCGUGCUCAUUUCUAAUCUGUUGUAAUUGUUCUUUUUCAAAUUAGUUUAACAUGAUUUCUAAAAGGUAAACAGUUUUCAGAAGGCUUUUAACCUGUAUUGCUAUACCAAACGGAUCUACUGGAAACUGAUUUCUAUUUUUGUAGCAGCCCACCAACACACAUUUGUACUCUUUUAAUAGUGACUGACAGCUGUCCUCUAGCUUAACAAACUGGAGUUUCUUCCUGUAUAUUUGUAAAUGUUACACCGAAAGUUUUACACACAGUUUUGUAUAGAAUGGAGAAUUUACCCACGCAGCAUAAAGGAAAACACAUUUUCUCUAUUGAAACGUUUGAAUAAAUAAUGAUUUUACAGUAA